AUGUUUCAUAUUCAAUGUAGCACAGUUCUUUGCUUAUGAAAUCCAUGGAGGUAGCACUCAAAUAAAUUUUAAUAUGGUCAAACACUUCAUAUUGUGAGAAGGAAAAGAAUGUGAUCUCUGGAUUUUUUUUUUUUUACAUCUCUUCAUCAAAUGUGGUCUUAGCUUCAUUUAAAUCACAAGAAUAAACAGAGUCAAAUACAAUUAUUCAAAUUUGAUGUCAAAUUUUGUGUUCAUGUUCGAUGUAACAAAAAGUAAUAAUAAUCAAAAUAAUAAUAAUAAGGUAAUAAUUGGAACAGAAAAUGAAAAUUAUACCAGAUCUAAGUUAUAAUUGUAAUAAAAAAUGUAAAAUUAUAUCAAAGUAAGUAAAGUAAGUUUCUUUUGGCUUGUCCCCGUUAGGGAUCGCCACAGUGUCCCAUCUCAGAUGAACACUUAUAUUUGUUUGGCACAGUUUCUACGCCGGAUGCCCUUCCUGAUGCAACCCCUCUUGGGGAGUAGAGGCCUCAGUGAGAUAUGAACUGGCGGCACAGUGGAUGACUGCUUACUACUACUUACUACUCACAUUUCUGAGGUCCGGGGUUCAAAUCCUGGUCCCUGUGCCAGCGUGGGAUUUUGUCCAGGUUAAGUCUGCUUUGUCUAGCCUUGAAGAACUGGACCUGUCCGACUUGCGCUACCUCUCUGACCUCACCUUCAAUCGCCUCACCAGCUGCACACCUCGCCUCCGCCGCCUCUCGCUGGCCGGCUGCCACAUUGCUUUUGAAUUUGACCCUUACCAAGGAUGCCCCGUGGGAAGUGUCGAAGUUUCCUCGGCGCUGCUCUCACUGAGGAUCCUGCGGAAGUUGCUAACGGAGCAGAGAGCCACCUUUGUUGCUUUGGACCUCAGCAGAACCGCCAUCACCCCCGAGUCCCUUCGCAGUAUCGCCCAGGUUGAAGGCUUGUCCUUGGAGGAGUUGUGUCUGCAAAGCUGCAAGGAGCUGUCGGACUACUCGGUGGAAGUUCUUGUGAAGCACCAACCUGGCCUCCAGAUGUUGGACAUCAGCGGCUGCACCGAGCUGACGAGCAGGGCCGUGGUGGCCGUGGCGCGGGGCCUCAGCUCGCUUACGCAGCUCUCGUUGUCACGUGACUGGAAGGUCACUGAAACAGGCCUCGCCGAACUAGUGUCAGUCGCUUCCCUGAGGGGUCUGGAUCUGUCGGAGUGUCUUCACGUCGGCGGGGGGGAGAUUGUGAAAGGUCUGUCGCAACGGCGUGCCGAGCGAGCACAGCUGGAGAAGCUCAACCUCAGGGACUGCACUUACAUGCGGGAUGAGGCCAUUUUCUCCCUCACGCAGCUUCUGGGCAGCAGCCUACGCGAACUGGACCUGACCUCGUGCGUUAACGUGACUGACCUGUCGGUGCGCGCCAUCGCCACCUACUUGCAGGGCCUGCGAGUCCUGCGACUGGGCCGCUGUAUAGAGGUGACGGACUGGGGCCUGCUGGGCAUGGUGGAGACGAGCACGUGCGAGCUGGACGAGGAGAAGGAGGACAAGGGCCCCAGAUUCACACGCACCUUCGGGAACAUGGGCUUCUUCAAACCUCCGCGUUUGCCCUUCGAGGACCCUCCCAAGCUGGUGACGCCGGACCACCUGGAGCAGUUCAAACGGCACGCGGGAGCGUCGCUGUUGGCCCUCGGCAGGCUGCGAGAGCUCGACUUGUCGUCUUGCUGCAAGCUCACAGACGCCAGCAUCGCGCAGGUGGUGCGCUUCACAGACCUCCAACGUCUCUCGUUGUCCUCGCUGCCCAACAUCACCGACGCCAGCUUGUCAGCAGUAGCCCAGCACUGCCGCGCCCUCACGGGCCUGGAGCUCGGCCAUUGCCCGUGCGUAAGCGACCGCGGCGUGGCGCAGGCGGCGCCUCACCUUCACCGGCUGCAGCAUCUCUCCCUCUCGCGUUGCAGUAACAUCACAGAUAAAUCUUUGUUCCUGCUGGCUCAGCACUGCAAGCGCCUGAAAACACUUGAUGUGUCCCGGUGCAGCAAUAUUUCAGGAACCGCUGUGGAACAUCUUCAAUCACAGCUGCCCUUUCUGGAAAAUUUCCACUUCACACUACCUGGUGGGACGGACUUUACACACCGAUUUAAUGUCGUCGGUGAUGUUUCAUCGAGCGAAUUUGCUGACCAAUACUGAUACAAAGAAUUGAUU